GUUAAAUUUUGCUUCACCACAGUAAAACACCAAACAAAAACCAACAAUCAAAAUGUUCAAAUACUUCGCUCUCGUUUUCGUCGCGCUCUUCGCCUUCGCCGCUGCCGAGCCCAAGCCCGCUGUGGUAGCAGCACCAYUGGCCUACUCAGCUCCAUUGGUCGCCUCCCCCUAYGCCGCUGCCUAYGCUGCCCCAUAUGCSGCUUACGCCGCCGCUCCYUAUGCCGCCUACGCUUCACCCUACGCCGCUUACCCUUACAGCGCCGCCUAUGUGCUCCGCAAGUAAACGGAAUGUAGCGACUGACCUGUGAUAGCAUCGAAUUGGACUUCAUUGCCAACGAAUUAAAAGUACAGAAAAUAAAUUUUCCAAACAAGCAACAAUAAAACAGAAUUAAAACGAAA